UAUCCAAUCUCUGACUGCAGGUCUUGUCCCCAACACUGUGUCAUGUCUGUGACUCUGUACCUUGCCGUUCCUGACUCUGUGCCCUGUGUUUGCCUCCUCCUCUCUCAAAGGAGCCUGGCCCGUGUUCAGAGCACGGCUAGUCAUGCAGACAUCCUGCUCCUCACGAAGCAGCCUGUAGGGGGCACACGUUCUGCUGUGCGUGCUGCAGAGUAUAUGGACAUUGCAUUGCAGCUGCUAAGGGAGAAGGCCGGUCAUGUUCACAAGAAUUUUCUCAAUGCCACAGAUCUGCUUACUGCUGAAGACCUGGCUACCAUCAGCAAGCUCACAGGAUGUAGGGCCCUCCAAAGUCUCGCUCCAUGUAAUAAAACCAUAUUAAAGAGCAAGUUCCGUACCAUCACCGGGAUCUGCAACAACAUGAGAAACACGCGUCUGGGAUCCUCAAACAUGCCGUUUACACGCUGGCUGCCACCUCAGUACCAGGAUGGAACAUCAUUGCCCAAAGGCUGGGACCCUAAACUGAAAGUCAAUGGCUUCCUUCUCCCCAUGGUGAGGGAGGUCUCUAAUCGUAUCCUGCACACAGAUAACAAGGAUGUGAAGCAAGAUAAAGUCUACUCCCAUCUGGUGACCCUCUUUGGCCAAUGGAUGGACCAUGACUUGACCCUGACGCCCUCCUCUCCCAGCAUCCGCUCAUUCAGCAAUGGAGUCAACUGUGAAAAUACCUGCACUUUUACUAAUCCCUGCUUCCCCAUGAUGAUACCGCCGAAUGAUGCCCGCUUCAAGAAAAACACCAAUGUGAAGUGUCUCCCCUUCAUCCGCUCUGCACCAGCAUGUGGGAGCGGGGAAGCAGAGACCUGGUUUGGCGCGGCCAAUGUGCGGCAGCAGAUAAAUGCAUUGACGUGCUUCUUGGACGCCAACCAGGUCUACGGGUCCCAUGAUAUUCUGGCACGCAAUCUGCGCAACCUGGAUUGUGACACGGGCCUGAUGAAGGUCAACAGCAUUUACCGUGAUAACGGCAGGGAUUUGCUGCCUUUCUCUAAUCUGCAUAUCUGCAACACACGAGGGAAAAUUACUGGGAAUAACAGUCUGCAAGAGGUGCCCUGCUUCUUAGCAGGUGACAUACGUGUGAAUGAGAAUAUCGCCCUGACGUCCCUGCACACGCUAAUGUUGCGAGAGCACAAUCGGCUGGCCCUCACUCUGCGCCAGCUCAAUCCCAAAUGGAGCGGCGAAAGGGUCUAUCAGGAGGCUCGCAAAAUCUUGGGAGCGUUCCAUCAGGUCAUAGCUUUCAGGGACUACCUACCACACAUCGUUGGAACGAAAAAUGCAGAGAAACUCCGCAAAUACCACGGCUACAGUGACAGGGUGAACCCCAGCAUUUCCAACGUCUUUGCUACAGCAGCCUAUCGUUUUGCCCAUCUGGCCAUCCAGCCUUUCAUCUUCCGGCUGGAUGAGAAGUACACUGAACACCCGCAGUUUAAGUCUGUGCUGCUGCACAAAGCCUUUAGCGCCCCCUGGAGGGUGGUCUUUGAAGGAGGCAUUGACCCAGUGCUGCGAGGCCUGAUUGGGCACCCGGCCAAGCUGAAUGUACAGGAUCACAUGAUGCACGACGAGCUCCGUGAGAGGCUCUUCCAGUUCACUGAACACGUAGCGCAGGACCUGGCCUCGCUGAACAUGCAGCGCAGCCGCGACCACGGGCUGCCCGGCUACAACGCAUGGCGCCGGUUCUGCAAGCUGUCCGUACCCAGAACGGAGGAGCAGCUGGCCGCCGUGCUCAAGAACAAAACAAUGGCCCAGAACCUGCUCAAGCUAUAUGGCACGGCAGACAAUAUCGACGUGUGGCUGGGGGGCGUGGCUGAGCCCUUUGUCCCUGGGGGCCGUGUGGGGCCCCUCUUCGCCUGCCUCAUCACGCGGCAGUUCAGCCAGAUCCGCAAGGGUGACCGUUUCUGGUGGCAGAAAAAUGGAGUCUUCACCAAAGAGCAGAUUAAGUCCCUAUCUAAGAUCUCCAUGGCGCGCAUCAUCUGUGACAACACGGGCAUCACCAGCGUUCCCGUAAACCCCUUCCUACUGUCUGCCAGUGGGGUCAAACUUACCAAAUGCCAGGACAUCCCCACUGUCGACCUCAAGCCCUGGAAGGAGAACAAAAAAGAGGAUCAAGACUCUGAAGAAGACCUGCCGACCAACACCACCAAGGCAUUUGAUUUCUCUCUGCGGCUUGGCCUGGUCCGUCCCGGCCCGGAUGGUCAGGUGAUCGUCUUCCGGGAGCCCACAGACGGCAGACUGCAGCCAUACAACACCCAGACGGGGAGAUUCACCUGCCGGGUGCCUGGCCUGUACCAGUUCCACUUCAACUGCAUCCUGCUUGACAGCGAGAAGGACGUUAGACUCAUGCGGAACACGGAGCCGCAGGCCACGUCCGUCAUCGCUCGGCAGGACAGCUAUCUUACGGCCUCCGGGGGCGCUGUGCUUCUGCUGAAAAGGGGGGACAGGGUGUGGCUACAGGGCAGCAGGGGAGGUGGGGGCCUGGCAGCUGACAGUCUCUUCACGGGCCGCCUGCUCUUUGCUGUCUGAUGUCACAAACAUACCGGUAUUUGCCGCCAUUUGCUCCAGUACCCUGCUAUAAUUGCAUACUUAGCGAUAAAAUGCAUAAAUUACAAGGCAUACUGCAUUUUUGGAGGACAGGUGGCUAAAUUGAAAUAGAGAAUUUACCGCUAACAAUCCAUAAAUAUGGAAAAAUUGGUAUAUGUAUAAAGAUUCCUAAAUAACAAAAUAGGAUUAUUGUUAUUGUUAUUUGCCUAUAUGUGAAUCAUUCUGAGUCAUAUCAGCAAGAAUUUAUGGUAACUUGGUCAUUACAAACAUGUAGGCAUUUUAACAUACACAUUGAAAAAAAUAAUGUUAUUUUAAAAGGUUCACACAUCACAAAGCAAAACACCCUGAUCAGCAAAACACUGACGUUUUGCAAAGCACAAAUGAAGCAGCAUCGGGUUGCGGCAUUUUGUCAUUGGCAGUUUGGAUUUAAUACCCCGUCUCAUAAACAAGCAUUGAUUCAGUUUUAUUCUGUGUGGAAUUUGCAAAGAUGGAGUAAAAACUAGCAGACAUAUAAACCUGCAAAACAACCAAAUUUUUUCACCAUUUUAUCACCAUGUGUUUGUGAAAAUGCAGAUUUACUUGAACCUCAUUAUAUACACUGCAGGCUCCACUUUUUGGGCUUUUAAAUUUGGCAUAAAGUUUUAGCAUGAUUAUGAUUUAUAUGCGAAAUAAAAAUAUCCUUCCUUAAUAUCUUUGCGGUUCAGUUUACUUAGAUCCAGACUCCUAUGAAGCCCCGUACUGCUCCCACCACCAUCUUGCUCAGCCCUUCCAGUUGCACCCUGACACUGUUCUCACAGGGGCUGUAUUUUUUAUUUUAUAAUAUAAGAAUUCUUAUCGCCUGUUGCUUAUUUUGCAUAUAUUACAUAAAGCAAUAAAGAGGAAAACCUCCCAUUC